UCAAUGUCAGUCAUCAGUACAGUAGCUCCAUUGAAUCAGAGUUAUGUCGGUCGGAAUAUCAAAGUGUAAGUGAAGUGGCCUAGAGACCUACAUUUUGUUUUUGAAACGUAAAAUCGCUUUAUGGACGAUUUUUUAAAUAGAAUAUUUCCCUAGACACCUAAUAUAUAUCGUAGAAUUUGUAGGCGAUAAAAUACGGUCGCCUCGUCAGAUUAUUCGUGUAUAAUGCACGAAGACGCUCCAAAAAUGAGUAUAGCGCAAAGUCUGGCCGCCUCCACGAGCCAGCCAAAAGGUGAUAUCGUUACAGAAAUUCCCCUGGAAUUCGCCAUGAGCUCUAUGGAGACAAAAUCUAUCGAAACAACCAACGUGGAGUUGAAAAUUACCUACGUAGAUCCUACAACUGGCACUGGAGGUGAACCAGGAGCGUAUCUGCCGACAGCAGGAACAGUUUGCGACCAAACUGAUACCAAGGAUGUAAUAGAAGAAUUGUGUCCCGUCUGUGGAGACAAAGUCAGCGGCUACCACUAUGGAUUGCUGACGUGCGAAUCCUGCAAAGGUUUCUUCAAAAGAACCGUUCAGAACAAGAAGGUUUAUACAUGCGUCGCCGAAAGAGCCUGCCACAUAGACAAAACUCAACGGAAACGCUGUCCCUUUUGCCGUUUCCAGAAAUGUCUUGAUGUGGGCAUGAAACUUGAAGCGGUUCGAGCAGAUCGUAUGCGCGGUGGUCGCAAUAAAUUUGGCCCUAUGUACAAACGAGACCGUGCCCGUAAACUACAAAUGAUGCGUCAGCGACAAAUCGCCGUUCAGACUCUGCGCGGUUCUCUAGGGGAUGGUGGAUUAGUCCUUGGUUUUGGUUCUCCGUACACAGCUGUAUCCGUUAAACAAGAGAUACAGAUUCCGCAAGUAUCAUCAUUGACGUCCUCGCCUGAGUCGUCGCCGGGACCAGCGCUCCUUGGGGCUCAGCCACAGCCGCCGCAGCCACCUCCACCACCAACUCACGACAAGUGGGAAGCCCACUCACCACACUCGGCGUCGCCGGAUGCUUUCACGUUCGAUACACAAUCGAACACCGCCGCUACACCAUCCAGCACAGCCGAAGCUACUAGCACUGAAACUUUACGAGUUUCUCCAAUGAUCAGAGAAUUCGUACAAACCGUCGAUGACCGCGAGUGGCAGAAUGCACUGUUCGGACUCUUACAAAGCCAAACAUAUAACCAGUGCGAAGUAGAUCUCUUCGAGUUAAUGUGCAAAGUGCUGGACCAAAAUUUAUUCUCUCAAGUGGAUUGGGCAAGAAACACAGUGUUCUUUAAGUAUUUAAAGGUUGAUGACCAAAUGAAACUUCUACAGGACUCAUGGUCUGUUAUGCUGGUUUUGGAUCAUUUACACCAGAGAAUGCACAAUGGUCUGCCAGACGAGACCACACUCCACAACGGGCAGAAGUUUGACCUGCUGUGUUUGGGGCUACUUGGAGUUCCUUCAUUAGCCGACCACUUCAAUGAAUUACAGAAUAAACUAGCAGAAUUGAAAUUCGACGUUCCAGAUUACAUAUGCGUUAAAUUCAUGCUUCUUCUCAAUCCCGAGGUUAGGGGUAUCGUAAACGUGAAGUGCGUUCGUGAAGGUUACCAAACAGUACAAGCCGCCCUUCUUGACUACACUCUUACCUGCUAUCCAACGAUACAGGAUAAGUUUGGAAAACUUGUAAUGGUAGUGCCAGAGAUACACGCUUUAGCGGCUCGGGGAGAAGAGCACCUGUACCAGCGGCAUUGUGCAGGCCAGGCACCUACCCAGACUCUUCUCAUGGAAAUGCUGCACGCAAAACGCAAGCCGAACGGAGGCGAAAUGGUAAACCGGAGUGCAGAGCACACACCAACUCUAGACAGAUUGUGCAGUUUCCAGCCAAGCGACACGAUUGAGCCGCAUUCUCCGAUAUAGAAUCUUGAAGUACCAGUGACGAAUAAAGUUGAAGAGCUGAGAAGCGCCAAGCGCAGACGACACCACAACAAAUAGAACAUAAUUAAUUAUUACUUAUUAAUUAGUUUUAGUUACUAGCUUGGUGUGUGAUUAAAUUAAAUAAGUUAUUGAGCCGAGCGCCGGCCGGCGUUGCCGCGCGUGCCUAGUCCCAAUACAGAUUAAACAAAUAUUUAUCUACCUAUAACAUAAUAUGCAAUAUAUUACACCAGUCUUGUGUAGCUUUGUUAAUUUAUUUAGCAGUCAAUGUCGUAUUACUCCAGAAUUGUAUAAGUGCACUCUGUAAACUACAUUCUCUGUUGUUCUUUAGUUCGCUUCAGAGAGUAACAUAUACAUAUUUUAGGAAAGCGUCUGUGAUUAUAAAAGAAGAAAUUUGAUGAACAGUUUUUAAUAUUAGUAGAAGAGAUAACUAUGUGUAAUAUUAUACGAUAAAUGUUAGUAUAAUUUCAUUCGUGCGCAUUAUAUUAUUCAUUAUAAUUAUUGAACUACUUCUAUAUAAAAAAAAAAAUCUGAGCACCAUAGUUACGAUAAAUAUAAAUGUCUUUACAGAUAAAUUUUACGAGUUGUGUUCUAAAGCUUGCAUGUAUUUGCGAUGCAUGUGAUAGUACAUUGAUGAAUGAAUAGAUGUGUGACAGUUAACAUAGCACGAGUGAAAGGUUUCGCUUUAAUAAAUCGUAUUAAUUUUACUAUAAAUAAUAACUCUAGCGAGGGUUCAUAUUUUUAAAUUUUAGGAAAUAUCUAAAGAUAUGUAUUAUAUAUUUAUUAUAUUAUGUGUUAAGAGAUUUGAAAAGUGAAUGUUAGAAAAGUGAAUCAAAUUUUAAAUAUGAAAAAAUUCUUAAAUAUGUAUUCAAAAUAUCUGAGUGUUACAUAAAUAUUUUAUCAAAAAUUAAUCGGCCGUACCAGUACAAAUGAAGUUAUCCUUGUAAAUAACAUAUUUAGCACAUUUUACAGUGAUUAAUUCUACUUAUACUGUAAUCAUGUAAAAUAUUUCUCUAUUUACAUGCAAGAGCCUUAAAAAUCAUAGAUUUUUAAAUAUAUGGGUACUAGCGUCUACCGGCUUACGGCCGACGGAGAUGAUGUAUUUUUAUAUUAAACAUAUUGUUCUUUAUUAACAUAUAUAAUAUGUUAACUUGAAAGUACAUAAUUUCGUAUUUUUCUAACAAUUAAUUAUAAUAGCAUAUUAUUAUGGGAAAGAAGUGUAAUAUUUUCUGCUUUUAAAGUGGAACUAAUUUUACAUAAUAAUUAAUGUUAUCAUUGUACAGAAUUCUCAGAAGGACGUUGCAAAUUUAAUUUGAGAACGUUUUAUUUUUGUAAUAUUUUGUCGUCAAUUUUCUCGUAGAGCAAGUCUAUUGCACAGAUUACAUCUCUUACUCUUGAUCAUAUUGAAACAAUGCAACAUAGAGUAUUCGGCAUUUUGUGAUAUACGAUAGGUUCUAAAGAAGCCAGAGUAUAGGGUGUGCUUUUUGCAAUAGGCUAGGAGAGUGCACAUCACGUGUCCUGUUCAUUAUUUUAGUUAAACAAAUUAUGUGAUUGUCGUUUUGUGUUUCAUGUGAAUCUAAAACUUGUUUUGGUCAUAUUAGGCCGCACUAAGUGCGAAACGAACGUAGGCGUCAACGACUAGUUAACGAGUGAUGAAUUUUAAAUUUAAUUUAGUAUUCCUCAACUAGCUCUACAAUCAAUGUACAAAUUAUAUGGCACCACGUUAAUUCUAAAUACCGUCCAGUGAACACAGUUGUCUUAGUUUUGACACGAUUAAGAAAAUCUGUUUGCUUUUGCUUAUAAAAAAAUACAUUAUAAUUAUAUAUAAUCAGCGACAUAAUUUUGCUUUAACGCGGAUCGGAAUGAUUUACAAUGAAUAAAUAAUAUACAAAAGGACGUAGUUACCCAUUGUAUGUAAACAUUUUCAAGCUACUAUCAAAUUUUAAAAUGAAGUUCCUCACAGAGUUUUUAAGAUACCUUUUUAAAAUAUGUAAUGAAUUAUUUUGAUUAAAAAUAAUAGUAUUUUAUAGAGUUUUAAUAAAUGUGAUACGAGUGAUAUAUAUAACAUUUUAUUUUUAGUGUCCAUAUUUAUAAAUUUCGCUUGAAUGUUGAACAAAGUAGUGUAAAUGUUAAAAAAAGUACCGUACCGUACAUAUUAAGUAGAUGCCGCGAACGAAAAUCAACACAAAAAAAAAGGAUUUCCACAUAGUAUUAACAUCCGUUUUUUUCUUAAACAGUAUGUUUAAAAAUAAACUAAAUAUUUACUACUAACCGUGCACGGUGCAGCUAACAAUAAGGUUAUCAAUAACAGUAAAUGUAACAAAUUAAAUAGAUCGAAUUAAUUAUUUUCAUUUGAUUACGAAUACAGCUAUAAAACUAUUGUAUAUUUACUGAAAGCUAUUCGUGCUUAUGUGACAUCGACAUGUAGAUAGAAUUUGUUUGUAAUAAUAAUAAUAAUAAUAAUAAAUGUUUUUAAUGUUUGUCCCUUUGCGCGUUUAAACGCUUUACCAAUUAUAGCAAAGCUGAUCUGUGAUGGUGUGACGUAGUUAGUUAGGCUGUGUUCGUUCUUUAACAAACUUCAUCAGUUCUACUCAGUUAUAAACCUGUACUAGACGGCCGUGACGUGGCCGCAGUAAAAAACAAUAAAAGACCGGCCUCAUAGUGAACCCAAUGUAGCGACUAGGAUUUCUGUUUUUGAUCGGAAGCUACUUCCGUAUAAAUUUGAUGCAAAACAAUGCUAAACUUUAUCCGCGACACUGCCUUUUCUUCCUAAUUCGUACAACAAUCACAAUCUUAAUUUAGUUUUUUUUAUUUUUUAUCAACUGUAAACUUUGCAAUAUUUUUACUACCUACCGUUAAAAUGUAUUAUUUUGAUAAUUUAAGUAUUCCCGCUUCAUCUUUAUCGUUGUAUUGCUUUCGCAAAUCUUCCAAAAGUUUUGUAGACGUACAAUAUGUAGAUUCUAUGAUGAUAUCGUUUUCAGUAUUUCAACGAUGUGGUAUAGUUCAAAAAUCGAGUGCCAUUAAUUGAAGUAAAAUGAAUAGGGUCAGCGUUAGCUCAGAUGUGACUUGAUUUACCCCCCGCAAUUGUAAACUACAAAGCUUUUGUUGGCACUAUAGCACACCGAUGAUGACCCUCUGUAAGUUAGGUGCCAGUGUUCAAUAAUUUAUAAUAAUUAUCAUUAGUUAUUAAAUCGGUAAAUGUAUUUUUCAUUUAUGUUUUCAUGAAUUCACUCUUAUAUCUAAUCGAUUCAUUUUAAACCGAAAUCCAUUUACGUACGGCUAAGGUUAGGUUGUAACGUGUAUUGUAUUUUUAAAUUUUACGUAAGCAUAACUUUCUAUAUUUAUGAUUUUAAAACGAUAAGUAUUUUUAAUGUUUAAGGCUCUAUGUUCGACGACGAGUGUUCUAAUGUAAAAUUGUACAUUUUGAGUUCAACUAGUUGUAUAAGUUACGUGUAGUGGUAAAGUAGGCGCGCAGUCGAGCAGCGAUGGACGAGUUAGGGCGCUGUCGUUCCGCUGAGGUUCGGUUGCGCGCGGGUAGCACGCGUGGUAGCGGCCAUUACGUCAUCGGCCCUCGCUACACCCGAAGCACAGUCGAAGAAUACGUACGCGUCGCACACAUUCCAAAAUAACCAUAACCGCAAAACGUAUUCGAAACGUGACGCGCCUCGACUUAUACCCUCGCUACUUGUAUGUUAACCACUUUGUUGUUCAUUAACUGUAAGUUAGUUUUAAUCUCAAUCGAUGUUGUUAACGUUAGUCUGUGUAUAGUAUUCCCUUGGUUAAGUUUAUGUGAGGGCGUGAAUUUGAGCGAAUGGACAGGUCUCAGCCUGGAGGGUUUCACAAUAGCUGUAAAUUUUUAAGUACCUUUAUUAUAUAAUUUCCGUUGCACCUAACUUUAUUUCGCGAGCCGUGUUAGUUAUAUUCGAUAAAUUGUACAUAUAGUUAGGGCGAGGUAUACAGAAUUUAAAUUCGGUCUUUUUAAAUGGUUAUCGUUGAAUCUAAAAUGUGGGACUGGCAAUUAAUUACCGAUGCAAUAUAGCAUUUGAUGUUGAAAUUUUUAAUAUUAAUCUGAUACCAUAGAUGUUACGGCUAUUUAUGUUAUUUUGUAGAUAGUGGUGGGUACACGACUCGGGAGGCGGGGUGGUUUAAUAUUCACGUGUCACGGUUUAAUAUUCUUGUAUUGUGAACAUAGUACAAAACAUUAGAAUAUGCGGGUAGAUGGGAAUAGCUCUGAGCACCUUCUGCGCCACGAUCGAAACUCUACCCUUGCGUCUCGGUCCCUGGCCGACCUGUAUAGGAAUAUCUUGUUCACCACGACGGUUCAGCCACGAAGGCUACUAAAAUGAGGCUGCUCCUCUCGUAACUGAACCAAAAAAAUAUUUUAUAGCUGUUUAUAUGAAACACCACAUCACUUGACACAUCACUAAGAAUCAUUCUCUACAGAAUUUAUUUAUUACGCGUCUCUUCAUUUGUAUAAUCGAAUUAUGCUGUGUCCACCAGUUCAGUUGGAAUGGAGCAACCAUAAAUAAAAUACCACGGCCACAUUUGUACCAUGUCAUUACCUCACAUUGUCUUUUAUACAAUAUAAUUAUUAGUGAAGUUAUUGUUGUCGCUAAAUCUUUAAAGUUAUUUUUAAUGUAUCGUUUAGAGGUGUCAUUAAGUUUAAAACAGUAAACACAAUGAUCUAUCUUUAGAUUGCAUCAUAGAUACAUGUAUGGCGGUGUGUAACGCAAGUGUAUUCAUUUGAUGGUGAUCAAUAAAUAUUGUGAGACGCACGUACACGCCGGCGCGCGGUGACGGACAUGCGUUCGCACCGUCGCACGUUUUUGUAGAAAUAAAUGAUAUUUUCGUUUAAAUAA